UAUCAUCAGGUCUUCUAGCCACCAUCUCUCCUCUUCAAACCAUCUAAUCCAAAAUCCUCCAAAAAGAUAGAAAAAGUUAAAGAAAAGGAAAGAAAAACUCCAGAAAUGUUCCCCACAUUCCACUCAUUUGAAGAAUAUAAAAAGACAAUACAAUUAUCCAUCUCUCCCUACAGUUUCAGCCUCCACUCCCUCCAUUUGCAAAAUCAGAUGGUCAUCACAAACCAUGUCGUGGAGCACCCCAUGAGCUCCGUUCCAUUGGCAGGGCCGACCACCACCACCAGCUGGGAGAAUCCCAUCGGAACAGAUAGAGACAAUGCGAUGAGAUUCGAUCUGCAGAACGCGGGCAGUCGCACCAGAGCAUUGGCUGCAGGGCAGCAGUAUCAGUUUCAUGGAUCUGGAAAUGCUGCAGAGAAUGUGAGUGGGAGUUUUGGAGGUGGGAAUGGAGGAUUUGGGCUUGUUCCUCAACACGCAUUUCAGCCAUUGGAUGGUUUUGAUGGGGGUGUUUGUAAAGAAGGAGGAAGAAAUCAACAGAAGCAAAGGAGUGAGAAUGGUGUGGAUGCUGUCACUUCAGCUGAGAAAAAACGUAACAGGAUGAUCAAGAACAGGGCCUCAGCUGCCAGGUCUAGAGCAAGGAAACAGGCUUACACAACCCAGCUAGAGAUUGAAGUUGCACAGCUUCAGAAAGAAAAUGAAUUACUCAGGAAAAGGAAAAAGGUUUUUAAAGAUGCUGAACUUGGGGAGCUUACAAAAUCCCGCAAGAUGGCGCCAAAGACCCUUUCAGCAGCAUUCUAG